GUAUGGCAGCAUCUGCCUUUAAUAUAGCAGUUAAGUGUGUGUAAAGUUUCUGUUAAUCACGUAUAUUAAUGAUUUAAACAUGACUCAGUAAGACCGAAUUGCGGUGUGUAUCAGUAAAGAAUGAAUUUUUGGCACGAUACAUUUUUACUUCCUUGUCUUUAAUAUUGUCCCGGUAAACGGGCACAGAGUCAGCAUAACAUUGACAAUUGACAGGUACUAGUUGUCAUUUUCUGCUCGUCCCAUUGGAGGUUAUCACACCAUGUUUGCAACGCUAAAGAAUAAAAUACGAGAGGAAAUAGGGAGUGACGUGUCGACUGUCGUUAGAAAUGCCGGCAAUGUGCGUAGUAUUAACUCAAGGCAUAUGUCUCAGACGGGAUCUACAAGUAGCAUUAGUGGAUCUCAAAUUUCUUUAGAUGGUUCACGUGAAGAAAAUAUAGCCUCACCUACUCCACCUACUUCUUUAAAAAAGGAUAAUAGCUUUGAUUUUAAAUUAAACGACGGUAUGCAACUUUCUGCUAAAGAUAUAAAAAGAUUUGAAAACAGAGAAGAUGAAUGGCGAAAAAGAUUAAUUAAAAAAGAAACAGAAUUGCUAAAACGGUUGGAAAAAAAAGAAGAAGAAUGGAAAGUAAGACUUUGUGAGACAGAGAAAGAAUGGAAAAAAGUAGUUGAAAAACAAGAGAAAGAAAAGAGCAAAUUAGAAGAAGAAUUAAGGAAUGUAGAAAGUGCAAAAUAUUCAUUAGAAUUAGAUCUUAAAGAUGCAGAAGAAUACAAGAAGAAAUUAUAUAGUUUUCAAGAAGAUGCAGAACAAUUAGAAGGAUUUCAAACUCAAGAAAUGGCAAAGAUAAAACACCUACUUCUGGCAAAGGAACAAGAAGUAGAAGAGAAAACACACCAUUUGAAAGCAGCUACUACAGAAAUUGAAAGUUUAAAAAGUGAAGUCUCUCGUCUUAGGAGAUACGAAGAUGAAUUGAAUAAUGUACAGGAUGAAAUGGAGACAUUACGUCAUUCUACUCAACGAGAGAGAGCUCAGCUUUCCUGUCAACUGGCACAAACUGAAGAAGAAGUACGUCACUUAAAGGAUAAAGUGUUUGUAUUAGAACAAAGAGUUGCUUUAGAGACUAAUGAUCAGGUGACAGUGGAUGAAAGAAUAGCUGAUCUUAUGAGAGAAAGAGCAUUACUAGAAAGAAAGUUAGAAGAAGCACAUCUUCAUUUGUCUGAUAUAAAGACUAGUUGGUCAGGGAAAAUAUCUAGUUUGGAAACACAAGUUGGAAGACUUAGUAGACAGGCUGGUGAAGAAGGUUUAGAAAGAAGACGAGUUGAAGAAGAAGGUGAAAAACUGAAGCAAAGGAUCAAGGAGCUAGAAGCUGAAAUAGAGGUGAACAAUGUUGUUAUGGCGACGAAAGACGCCAAGCUUUUGCGCAUGGCAGAAGACAUCGACGAGAUGGUCACGGAACUAAAAGAGCUCCGGGCCAACGUCGAUGAUGAGGUGGAAGAAUUUAAACAACAAAUUAAAUCAUCAACAAAGGAAGUCAGCCAGCUGAAAGAAAAUUUGGAGGAAGGAACAACAAGACUUUCUGCUGCUACCUCUGAACUAGCUCAAGUUCGUUUGUCUUUAGAAGGAGAACGAAUGAACAACUCUUCCUUACACUUAGAAGUAGCACGGUUACGUGAAGAUCUUGAAUCAGAAAGAACAGCAUCAGCAACAUUAAAAGUGGGCCUAGAAAAAGAAAGAUAUGAAAAAGAUACAGCAUUAUUGAGAAACGCUCAAGUCUCUCAGGAUAUAGAACUUGUAAAGCAGAAAAAUCGACGUCAUGAAAUCGAAAAUAAAGAAUUACGAAAGAGGAUAGAAACUUUAGAGCAUAAUUUACAAAGUAAAAGCGAAGAAGUAGAACAAGCAAUGGCAACAUUAGAAGAAACAAGGCUAAGAAUGUUCGAAUUGGAAGAAGUAGAACAAAAUAGAAAGAAGAUGGAGAGAAGUGAGAAACUUCUUAAAAGUAGCUUAAUUGACCUAGAAGAGCAAUUAAAUGAGAAGACUAAGACAAUCAAAGUCUUACAGCAACGAUUAACAGACAUGAAGAAGACUCUUCAACGAGAGUUGAGAGUUCCAUCUUCGUCUUUAGAUAGUGAUGCUGAACUUUCUGCAGCAAUUCUCAAGCCCAGUUCGUCGAAAACAGUCACUGCCAGGCACAACAAUACGAGAGAUGACGAUGUUAACUUCAAAUAUCUCAAACACGUUCUCAUAAAAUUCCUAACAAGUAGAGAAUAUGAGGCUCUUCACUUAACGAGAGCAGUUGCCACACUUCUACAUUUUUCACCUGAAGAGGAACGGUUACUGCAAGAAACCUUAGAAUGGAAAAUGUCAUGGUUUGGCACACGGCCUAAUCUAGGUUUUGGACAAACUGCCAAAGCUAUACCACCUAGCUGAUAGUUGAAACAAAUUUCCUUCCUAGAGAUGUCAUAAAAUUAGCCACGUAUUCGUGGUUCAAAUCGAAAAAUUGGAUCGUGUCAAUGAUCAAUUGUAAAUGAUCAUGAAAACUCAAGGAAGAAACAAGGGGAAGAAACGAUUUGUAAGCUAGAAAUUUCAUAAAUUUUGUAAAAUAAUUAACAUAUUUAUAAUACGUGUAUAAGUUAUUGGC